AUGAACGAGCACCAACAGCCCUCUUCCCCCGCUGAGCCCCACCCCACGCCGGCGGCGACAUCGCCGCCGGCGUCGGAAGGGUUCAUCGCGUCCUCGUCGCCGGAGGGCUCACCGAAUCGCCCGCCCACGCCGCCGGAGAAGCCCUCCUCGGUCAACGCUGCCAAACUUGACGAGCUGAAGAGGCAGAUCACCAGCCGCACUGCCGCCAUGGAUGCAGCGACGAAGGCGAAGGAGGAGAAGAUUAUUACUGCAGCGCAGAUGUACCUCAAAGAACUCCAGGCGAGGCGGGAGGAAGAGGUGGCGGCUGCAAAGGCAAGUCACAAGCAGGAGCAGCAUGCGGACACCAAACAGAUCGACGACUACAGGGAAAGGGGCGCUGUCUGGGGCGCAGUACAAAUGCUGGUGGACUUGCAAAAGCCGAACCAGUACUCCAAGAGCACGGAGCUGAUGCGCUCAGUUCUCUCCACACUGAGCGCCAUGCCUCCCUAG